AUGGAUCCAGAUUCCUCCACUUUCCAGGAAGAUCAAGAAGGGGAAUCCAGCCUUUGGGAUUCACCCAUCAAGCCUAGUCAGGAUAAACCACGAACCACUUACGAACAACAGGAAGCCAGGGACUUGGAACUACGUCGUGAGCUCGAAAAUAUCCGUAAGGUCAAUGAAGCCAUAGAGGGAGUCAUCGAAAGCCUUGGAAAAGCCAAAGCCAAUAUUAAGGCCGUGAAUACCACAGUCAGUGCUGCAUCAACAUUACUCAAUACUUGGACUCGGAUUCUUUCUCAGACGGAGCAUAAUCAGCGUCUCAUACUUGAUCCAAAUUGGCAUGGCGCGACCCAGGAUAUUGCCAAUAUUGAACAAGAAGCAACUGAGAAGCAGAGAGCAGCGGCACGCCAGGAAGCUGAGGAACUAGAACGAAGAUCCGCGGCCGCUCAACGAGCCGAAGAAGAGGAAAGACGCAAGGCUGACCUGCUGGCUAAACAGUCUAAACCCACCAGGGGAAAAGGUUCAAGCAGGAUUGGCACUACAGGAAGAGGUUCGAGUUCAUCAACUUCUACUUCGUAUGUCCAAAUGGGUGGCUCAACGAACACUACGACUGGCACCAGAAGAGGGACGAGUUCAUCAAGAAGAGUCACCUCUGGUAUCGGUCGAGUAGGUGUAGGCCGUGGCGGUAGAGGUUCUGCGUGA